AUGAAAUUGACUAUCACGAUUAAACCACGCACUUGCUUUCCGAAUGUUUUCUUUUCUUUCCUUCUCUUCCACUCCCUCCCCCUCUUCUCUCUUUCUUUCUUACUUUCCUUUGUUUUCUUUCUUCAUUUUGCCUUCAACACCCACUCGAUUAUAUUUUCGAAUGAAAAAAUACUUUGCCAAUUGCUGAUUUCUUUGUCGAUAUACUUCCUAUCUGUCUGUCUGUCUGUCUGUCUGUUUAUCUAUCUAUCUAUCUAUCUAUCUAUCUAUCUAUCUAUCUAUCUAUCUAUCAGUCUAUUCAUAUCUAUCUGUCUGUCAGUCUAUCAGUCUGUUAAUAUCUAUCUGUCUAUCUAUCUUCGUCUACUAUCUACUAUUCAUAUCUAUCAAUCUGUCGAUACAGAUCUAUCUCGGUCUGUUCAUAUCUAUCUAUCUAUCUAUCUAUCUAUCUAUCUAUCUAUCUAUCUAUCUAUCUAUCAUCUAUCUAUCUCAGUCUCUUCAUAUCUAUCUAUUUCAGUCUGUUUAUCUAUCUCUCUAUCUAUCAUUGUUUUCUUUCUUUUUGUUAUUUUUGGUUCUUUCUUUCUUUCAUUCUUUCUCAUUUUUCCUUUCCAUCGUAUAUUCUUUUCAUCUUUCUUUUCUUUUCCACUUAUUGAUUGUAUUUACUUUCUUCUUUCUUUCUUUCUUUCUUUUUUCUUUCUUUUUUCUUUCUUUCUUUCUUACUUUCUUUUUUCUUUCUUUCUUUAUUUUUUCUUUUUUCUUUCUUUCUUUCUUUUGCUUGUUUUUGGUUCUUUCUUUCUUUCUUUUCUUUUUCAUUCUUUCUCAUUUUUCCUUUCCAUCGUAUAUUCUUUUCUUCUUUCAUUUCUUUUCCACCUAUUGAUUGUAUUUACUUUCUUCUUUCUUUCUUUAUUUUUUCUUUCUUUCUUUUUUCUUUCUUUCUUUUUUCUUUCUUUCUCUUUUCUUUCUUUCUUUCUUUUUUCUUUCUUUCUUUCUUUUGCUUGUUUUUGGUUCUUUCUUUCUUUUCUUUUCUCCAUUCAUUCUUUUUCAUUUUUCCUUUCCAUCGUAUAUUCUUUUCUUUACUUUUCCUCCUAUUGA